AUGGCGAAUGUUGGAGUUCACAGACUCCUUUUGUUGGUUAUUUCUUUGACAAAGAGUCUGGAGAGUACAGAACUGUUGGCAGACCUUAAAAAAUGUGGCGACUUGGAAUGUGAAACUUUAAUAAGCAGAGUCAUAGCCAUACGAGAUUACACCGGACCUGACUGCCGAUACCUGAACUUCACUAAGGGAGAAGAGAUAUCUGUUUAUGUUAAACUUGCAGGAGAAAGGGAAGAUCUGUGGGCAGGCAGUAAAGGAAAGGACUUUGGAUAUUUUCCCAGAGAUGCAAUCCAGACUGAAGAGGUGUUCAUAUCUGAGGAAGUUCAAAUAUCAACUAAAGAAUCUGACUUUCUUUGUCUUCUUGGAGUAAGCUACAUAUUUGAAAAUGAAGAUAGUGAGUUAAACAGUGAUAAUGUUGAAAUGAUAUAUACAUACGAAGAAGAUAAAGACCAAAAAUCUAGUGUAUAUGAAAGUGAUUUUCAGGUAGAAUCUGGAUUUUAUUCAACUUCUGAAAGCACUUUCUUAGAAGACCAAUUUCUAGCAGCAGAGGUUCCAGAUGAUAUCAGAAGUAGCAGUGAAUCAAAAGACUGGGAAGAGGUAGAAGCUGGAAGCGUGGAACAAGAUACUGUCAGAGAAGAAACCCAAGAUCAAAUUCCGGAAGUGGAUCAUGUCUCACCAUUUCCAACUGUUCCUGAAGCGAGAGGGUGGUUUAGAUUGAGAAGAGAACAAGCUGAAGCGAAGGCCUCUGAAUCAGUUAUUGAACCUCUGCAAGAAAGCUCAUUUCGAAGUAGAAAAAUAGCAAUGGUAGAUGAGAAUGACUUAGAGGAAUUAAAUAAUGAUGCGACUCAAAUAGAACAUGACCAAGAAUCUGAAUUUGAUUCAGUGCCAAAGAAACAGUCUGAACUAGCAUCUGAAUCUGAGCACAUUCUCAAUCCUCAAACUACUGGUUGGUUUGGUGGUGGAUUUACAAGUUACUUAGGUUUUGGAGGUGAGGAUGCAGGGCUUGAAUUAUUGUCCAAAGAAAGCAAUCAACCACUACAAGAUGUUCCCAAUACCAUAUCAUCUGAUGAAGAACCUAUAGUUCCAUGUACAGAAAUGUUAAUAGAAAAAGAAGAUCCAAUUAUUAAUGAUAGCUCAAUUCUCAAGUCAAGCUGGUUUGAUUUUGGUUUUGGUAUGCUAGGCUUUCCAUAUGCCAAUGAAGAUAAAAUUAGAUCAGAUGAUAGAAAAAAUGAAGAAGGAGGUGGAGGUGAUGAAGAUGAGCAUCUUCCAGCAAGUGAAUUUGGCCCUAAUAUGGAACAAGAAACAGAAAUCAUAAAAAUUAUGGAAACUGAAAUUCAAAUGGAUAAGAAAAGAAUCUUAGACAAAACAGAUGAUUCUAAUACCUUACCAUAUUUUAAAAAAUUCUUAUAUAAUUUUGACAAUCCUUGGGACUUCCAGAACACUCCAAAGGAAACAGAAUUGUCAUUUCCCAAACAGAUACUGGAUGAAGAUAAUACAAUGGAUAAUGAUGAAACAGAAGAAUUUUCAGUUGAGAAUUACCCCAUAGAUAAUAAGAAAGUUAUGGUACCUAAAAGCAGAUCCAGUCAGUCAGAUAUGGUCUCCAAAACAGAGUUACCUACGAGAAUUCAUGAAGAAGCACACUUUAAAACUCCAUCUUCUAAAAAUACUGAAGAAAAAUCCAAAACAUCACUAGUGACUGAAGAGCAUGUUCAGGCAGAAAUCUAUGGAUUUGUGGAAAAUACUCUGUUAAACGGUCAGAUGUUUUCAACUGGUAACUCUCUGUCUUCUCAAAAUUACAUUCCACAAAAAGAUGAUGCUUUCAAGUUUCUGACUCUGAAAUAUUUAUUUCAAAUUGAUAUUAAUGAUUUGAUGAGUUCUGCAUUUGCACCAAUUGUAAUUCUUAAAGAAAAGGUAAGUUGGACUUUUAAAUAUUUUGGAAUAAUUGCAACCAUUCUGCUAAAUAUAGAAGAGGCUGCAAAUUAUUUCUGA